CAGUCAACAAGAGCACCGAGUGUUAAGUGUGACUGAUCCUUACAAGAAAACUGCCCUUUUCUAGCAAUCCAACAUUGACCAAAUCAUUCCUUUUUGUUUUUUCAUUUCACCCUCUUUGUUCAACAAACUAAAUUAUUUUAGAACUCAACAGAGGAACUUUUGGAGCAUUUUCCAUUCCUGCCGAGCAAAAUGGAUAUGUAUGACCUUUCCUUGCCUCUUUCUUCGGCCGAUGAGCUCUACGAAGAUCCUUGCUUCAACAGCGGGGACAUGAAGUUUUUUGACGACCUGGAUGGCAAACUAAAUAGUGCUGAGACGCCCAGAUUGCAAGACCUUGAUAAUAACCAUUACAAUCAUCAAGUUCCAGUGGCAGAAGAGGAAGACAAGCAUGUGAGGGCUCCGCGAGACCUCCACCAGGGAGGUGACUGUCUCCUAUGGGCCUGCAAAGCAUGCAAGAAAAAGACAACACAUGAAGACAGGAGAAAAGCAGCAACAAUGAGGGAGAGGCGACGUCUCAGCAAGGUCAAUGACGCCUUUGAGACACUAAAACGCUGCUCGGCCUCCAACCCCAACCAGAGGCUACCCAAGGUGGAGAUCCUCAGAAAUGCCAUCGACUACAUCGAGUCUUUGCAGGCUCUGCUGAGGUCAACCAGGGAUGACAGCUUCUACCCAGUGCUUGAACACUUCAGUGCAGACGAGAACGCCUCCAGCCCCCACUCCAACUGCUCUGAUGGCAUGGCGAAUUUCUCCUCUCCGUGCUCGACCAGAAGUGAAAACAGUGACGCGCCUUACUGUGCUCAGACAACAGACAGUUCUACCAAGAGCGCACCAUCACUGCUUUCCAGUUUGGACUGUUUAACCAGCAUUGUGGAACGCAUCAACACAGACCAGGCAAUGACCUCCCUGGGCGAUAGCGUGGUCCCCGUGGCCAUCCAGUUCUUCAAGCUUGUCUGACAAACAUGGACCAAAGGACUAUUUUCCACAACAGCAGAGCAGGCGAUAAUUAACUUUAGUCUUUGAUAAGGACAGCAAUGCUUUGGAAUGCUGCCUCAUAGAAAGAUGGCUCAGCUUGGAUUGUGGGUCUAAAUUUUGGGUCAGUUUGUGUAUGUGUGUGUGGGUGUGCGUACGCGCGCGUUUAUGUGGACUUUAUACAUUGUCCCUGUUCUUGCACAGGUUUUGUCCAAGUAAAUGUUAAUUGGAUUCCUUAUCGAAAAAAUCCACAUUGUACAACUACUGUACAUCUACUGAACUUGGCCUUGUAAGACAUAACAAAAUACCUCUAUUUGUAUUUUGAAUUGUUUUAUUAUUGUUAUUUAUGAGUAACAUACUUUUAUUAAAGAAUAUUUAUCUUUUUAAAUGUCCAGUCUGAUGAGUAAAAAUACUGUAAAAAGAUUUUUACAAGCACGCACUCUGGAUUGAAGUUGUAAAUUCUUU